AUGGUCAACAUCCCCAAGACCCGUCGUACCUACUGCAAGGGCAAAGACUGCCGCAAGCACACCCAGCACAAGGUUACCCAGUACAAGGCUGGUAAGGCCUCCCUUUAUGCCCAGGGUAAGCGCCGUUAUGACCGCAAACAGCGUGGUUACGGUGGUCAGACCAAGCAGAUCUUCCACAAGAAAGCCAAGACUACCAAGAAGAUCGUUUUGCGUCUGGAGUGCACCUCUUGCAAGACCAAGGCUCAGCUCGCUUUGAAGCGCUGCAAGCACUUCGAGCUCGGUGGUGAGAAGAAGCAGAAGGGCCAGGCUCUGCAGUUCUAA